AUGACCUUCGAGGGCUCCAACGCCCGCUACAGCGACUACGACCAGCAUCAGCCAGACUCUUCAUCACGGCACCGUCUGUCCGAGUCGGGGUCCGAGUCAUCGUGGACGGACACGGGGGACAUUGGUGAGCAGAAGGACGACGACGACCCGGUCCGGCUCCAGCUCUCCAACGACAUUGAGGACGAGCUUCUCGCGGGCGUCAACCACCGAAACCGCAGCAUCAAGACUCAGAAGAAAGUUCGCAUCCAGGAUCCUCACUCAGGACAUCCAAGGCGCCCGCAAUCACCCCCGGCUGUCAUUGACAAGGAGGCCAUCGAAGUCCCUCACGUUACCGUCCAAAAACCAAGUGCCGCCAGUCGCUGUCUAGGUUUCAUCAUGGCGGGACGAAUGGGUGCCGUGCAUGGCCUGACGGGCAAGCCCCUGCUCUACUUCACGAGUAUCUUUGUGUCUCUGGGUGUGUUCUUGUUCGGCUAUGACCAAGGCGUCAUGUCGGGUAUCAUCACAGGCCCGUACUUCAUUGACUACUUCGACCAACCCUCUCGAGCCCAUGUCGGCACCAUGGUAGCCAUCCUCGAGAUUGGCGCUCUAAUAUCGUCGCUGGCAGUAGGCCGUAUCGGCGAUGUAAUCGGACGCCGCAGGACCAUCUUCUAUGGCUCCUGCGUUUUCCUCGUCGGUGGUGCGCUCCAGACCUUGGCGGUCAACAUGACCGUCAUGAUGGUGGGCCGCCUCAUUGCAGGUUUCGGCGUUGGUGCUCUGUCGACGAUUGUCCCUGUAUACCAGAGCGAGAUCUCGCCGCCACACAACCGCGGCAAGUUGGCAUGCAUUGAGUUCUCCGGCAACAUCAUUGGCUACACUACCUCGGUGUGGGUAGAUUACGGCUGUGGCUUCAUCGAGAGCAACAUGUCUUGGCGCGUACCGCUGUUCAUGCAGUGCAUCAUGGGUGCACUGCUUGGACUGGGAAGUCUUAUCAUUGUGGAGUCGCCACGAUGGCUUCUUGACAACGACCACGACGAAGAGGGCAUGGUGGUCAUUGCCAAUCUUUACGGAGGUGGUGAUAUCCACAAUACCAAGGCCCGCGACGAGUACCGCGAGAUCAAGAUGAACGUCUUGCUCCAGCGCCAGGAGGGUGAGCGAUCUUACCGUGACAUGUUCGCUCGCUACUCUCAGCGAGUCUUCAUCGCCAUGUCUGCGCAAGGUCUGGCUCAGCUCAACGGCAUCAAUGUCAUCUCAUACUAUGCGCCUUAUGUUUUCGAGUCAGCAGGCUGGGUAGGCCACGACGCUGUUCUGAUGACAGGCCUCAACGGCAUCACCUACUUCCUCUCCACCAUCCCGCCGUGGUAUCUCGUCGACAAGUGGGGCCGUCGCAACAUCUUGCUCUCAGGUGCAGUCGCAAUGGCCGUCUCCCUCUCCCUUAUAUCGUACUUCAUCUACCUCGAUAUCAAGUGGACGCCAAGGCUGGUAGUCUUGUUCGUCAUGAUCUACAAUGCCGCCUUCGGUUAUUCGUGGGGUCCGAUUCCUUGGCUGUACCCACCGGAGAUCCUGCCUCUCAGCGUCCGUUCAAAGGGUGCUAGUCUGUCCACUGCGACCAACUGGGCCUUCAACUGGCUGGUCGGAGAGAUGACGCCCAUUCUCCAAGAGUGGAUCAAAUGGCGCCUCUAUCUUGUGCAUGCUUUCUUCUGCGUUUGCAGUUUUGUCAUUGUUUGGUUUAUCUACCCCGAGACGGCUGGUCUGACACUAGAGAACAUGAACUCCGUAUUCGGCGAUGGAUCCACUGUAAUGGGCACCCCGUCUCUCCAUGGCGACGAGACUGGUUCGCUCAUGCCAGGCUCGCCUACUGAGUCUGCCCGUGGCGGACCGGCUGGUUUACCCAACUUCAACCUCGACGGCGACAUGGACGAAGACAAUAAGUCACAGAUCCAGACCUCCGGGGGCGAGGACCGUAGCGUCGGUGGCUGGCUGUCACGUGUAGUCGGACGUGGACGCGCCGACAGCAAUGGCAGUGGCCAGGGACGAUACACUGCGAUUGGUCAGAAUGAAGAAGGCGGACGCAACGACAGUGCCAGCGGCCGCAACAUCUAA